AUGGCGGAGGGCGGCGGCGCCGAGCCGGCCGAGCGGGAGCGGAGGGGCGGCGGGCCGCGGCCGCCGAGCGCGCGGGACUUGCAGUUGGCCUUGGCAGAAUUAUAUGAAGAUGAAGUGAAAUGCAAAUCUUCCAAAUCUGAUAGACCUAAAGCUACAAUCUUUAAAAGCCCACGAAUACCACCUCAAAGCUUCUGUUCAGGUGAACACGGAUACAGUGGGUUGCAUAUAGUCAGACCUUCAACUGGGAAGAUUGUGAAUGAACUUUUCAAAGAGGCAAGGGAACAUGGGGCUGUCCCUCUGAAUGAAGCCACAAGAGCUUCAGGUGAUGACAAAUCUAAGUCAUUUACAGGUGGAGGAUACCGAUUGGGUAGUUCCUUUUGUAAGCGGUCUGAGUACAUCUAUGGAGAAAAUCAGCUGCAAGAUGUUCAGAUUUUGCUUAAACUGUGGAGCAAUGGUUUCAGUUUAGAUGAUGGAGAAUUGAGACCUUACAGUGACCCAACAAAUGCUCAGUUUCUGGAGUCUGUUAAGAGAGGAGAGAUUCCCCUGGAGCUUCAGCGACUGGUUCAUGGUGGCCAAGUGAAUUUGGAUAUGGAGGAUCAUCAGGAUCAAGAAUACAUAAAACCUAGAUUGAGGUUCAAGGCUUUUAGUGGAGAAGGACAAAAACUUGGAAGCCUUACACCUGAAAUAGUCAGUACACCUUCCUCCCCAGAAGAAGAGGAUAAGUCAAUGUUUAAUGCAGUUGUUCUUAUCGAUGAUUCAAUGCCAACAACAAAAAUUCAAAUCAGGUUAGCAGAUGGGAGUCGUUUGAUACAGAGAUUCAAUAGUACACACAGGAUCCUGGAUGUUCGGGACUUUAUUGUACAGUCCCGUCCUGAAUUUUCAACUCUUGACUUUAUUCUUGUGACUUCAUUUCCAAACAAAGAGCUAACAGAUGAAAGCCUGACACUACAAGAAGCAGAUAUUCUUAACACUGUGAUACUCCAGCAACUCAAAUAAUAUUGCUCCUAUUCAUGCAGUAGCAUGGAGGAAAGAUAAUGUGCCAUUUUAAUAAGGAAAAUACUUAGAGCCUAGAAAAACAAAUUAUUUUUAUUAUUUAUAGAGAUAAAUUUUGGUUUUAAUCUUGUUCUAUCUUCCAGCCUUUAGUAUAGAUGAAUUUGGACUAGGAAUAGAUUUUGAGAUGAGUUUUUAGUUGCAGAGAUGGCUUACAUUGAUAGCUUGUAAAUAUUCUGGCAAAACAAUUUGUUACAUGCUCAGUGUUAAUGUAACAAUAUUUAUUUGCAGCAAAAAUUAACAAAACCCCAACCUGAUAAAUACAUUUGGUAAAAUUUGCGCUAAAGUUUCGUGGUGCUGCAUUGAUCAACAGCCAUUAAGAAAUCUUCUGAUCAAAUAAUUUGAAAGUUUUUCUGUGCUAUAUACUGAAAAGUAUCUGUAUUCUGAUUGUGAAAUACUUUGAUCAUAUGAUAAUUAUUUCUCCUAUUAAGAUUUUACACAUCCUUUUUACUUACUGAUUUAGCUGUAUUACUAGUGUCAAAAAGUACAGUUUGGCCUUGUAUUUUACAGAACUAUGACCAUCAUAAACUAGAAACAAAGACAUGAAGAUCAGCAAUUCUUGAGCAGAUGUGUUAAAUAGCACUUUAAAAUAGUAAUUACAGUCCUUCCCAGGGCCUGCCUUUAUCACGUUCAUUUAUUCAUUCAACACAUUUUUCUAGGGGACCAACUAUCUCUACUAAACACUGUUCUAAGUGUUCAGCCCAGAAUGUAUUCUGUUUCAGGACGGAACAAGUGUAGAAAUAGAGGAAUGUAAAUUCUGUCAGACGGACUGGAUCUGCAGAAUGACCAGCGUAAACGUUUGCAUUUCUGCUGCAGCCGGGUAUCUCCUGAAUGAGGUCGGCUACGUCAGGAACGAUAGAGAAGCUGCUGCUACUUCCCAGACGUCAUUUCCUCUUUGGUCACCACUCCUGGCUAGUUUUUUAUUGCUGCUGUAACAAAUUACUACAGCCUUAGUGGCUUAAAGGAGCACGGAUUUAUUAUCUUAUAAUUCUAUAGGUUAGACAUCGGAGAUGGGUCUCACUGGGCUAAAGUAAGGCGUCGACAGGGCUGCGUCCCUUCCGGGAGGCCCUAGGGGAGAAUCAUUUCCUUGUCUUUCUAACUUCUAGAGGCCACCUUCAUUCCUUGGCCUGUGACCCCUUUGUUCCAUCUUCAAAACCAGCAACAUUGCCUCUCUCUGGCCCUUGCCUGUCAUCAUAUCUCCCUGACAACAGCUAGGAAAGGUUCUCUGCUUUUAAGGACUCAUGUGAUUAGAUUGGGUCCACCAGAUAAUCCAGGAUAAUCUCCCCAUACUAAGGUCCAUAGUAAACUUAACCACAUCUUUCAAGUCCCUUGGCCACGUAAGGUAACAUAUCGCAAGUUCCUUCUGGAGGCCCCAGGGAUGAAUCUGUUUUUGCAACUCUUCCAACUUGUAGAGGCUGCUGGCAUCCCUUCACUCGUGGCUGUAUCCCCCAGUCUCUGCCUGUGCCCUUACAUCUUUUACUUCCAACUUUAAUUCUCCUGCUUUCCUCUUAUAGGGACCCUUGUGAUUACAUUUGGUUUACCUAGAUAAUCCAGGAUAAUCUCCUCAUCUCAAAAUGCCUAACUUAAUCACAUCUGCAAAAUCCCUUUUACCUUGUAAGGUAACAGAUUCACAGGUUUCCGAAUUAGAACAUGAACAUUGGGCAGGGGGUAUGCUGUCUGUCUAACACUGUCCACUCCUGCCCCAAGAUUCACAUCAGUCGUAAAUAAAGUCCCCCAUCCAAAGGUGCUCAAAAGUCUCAUCCCAGUACAGCAUCAACUUAAAGUGCAAAAUCUUAUCUGAAUCUCACCGCUCAAAAGUUCCAAAUCUCAUUUAAGUCAUCUAAAUCAAGUAUGAGUGAGGAUCUGGGUAUGAUUCCUGGGAUACAGUUCCUCUCCAUCUAUGUACUUAUGAACCUAG